CAGGUCAAAGAGGUAGGUAAAACUUUUCCUCCUUCACCGGCACCGUUGGGGCGGCCGACGGUCCUCCCCGCCUCAGUGUUCCUCGCGUAACAACAACACUCGGCCAGGCAGGCACGAUGAGGCUGACAGUGAAAAUACUGCAGGGCGGGGAGUGCUGCGUCAAUGUGCCUGAAACAGCUAAGGUGAGCGAGGUGAAGACAUGCGUGGAGCAGCUCCUGAAUGUGCAGGCAGCCUCACAACGUCUUGUCUUCAAGGGCAAGACUCUGGCAGAUGACAUGACACUGACUGAAGCUGGUGUGACAGAGGCCACCAAGAUCCACAUGAUGGUGAAGAAGGGUGAGGGUGUGGCAGCCACCACCACGAACAGCACCUCUCCCUCACCAGCAAGCUCCUCCAAAACCCCUGCUCCCUUGCCCCCCCUGGACUUCUUUGUACAGCUGGAUGCCUUUCUCAGCAAACACCUCACUCAGGAACAGACAAACAAAGUGGUUAAUGAGUUUAGAAAGAAUUGCCAAUUGAUGGUGGACAGCAUGAACUUUGAGGACAUUGAAAGAUUUGCUGCCAGUGGCUGCACAGAAUUUUAGAGAGAGAGAGAGAGAGAGAUUGUAUUAUUUCCAGGUGUAUGUCUGGAUUCUCUGCUGUUUACAGAUUUCCUACAAACGUGCUAUGACCUUUCUACAUGAGAGGCGUACAUAUGGAUGCAUGCAUGCAUAUACCCACCUUUCUCCCACACGAGUCCUUGCCACAAACCUGAUUAAUGACGUUUAACCCUUCUACCUAUGUAUGUAUGCAUGUGUAUGACUUAAUCAGACUUUUUGCAAAUGCUGGUGCAGUUUUCAUAUAUAGUUUUUAUAUAUUUAAUGUGUCACUGCUGCUGCUGCUGCCUUGGCUGACUGACUAUUGUAUCGUUUUAAUAUGUUGUCCCGUUGUUUAUAUACGUGGUGUUGGUGUUUUGGUAUGCAAUCUAUCAGUUGGCACUUCUUUUUAGUACAAAGAGAGGUCAGUUAACUCGGAUUAAUUGGUGAUUUUUUUUUCUUAAGCUGAUGGUUCUUGUAGUGUUGUAGUGGGUGAGGGAUGGAGGGAGGGACAGACUAGGGCAAGGUAACAGAAGCUUUGAAAAUAAGAUGACUAACUGUGUCAAGGGUAGGAGCUGUGGAAUUAUUAUAGGAGAGAGAGAGAGAGAGAGAGAGAGAGAGAGAGAGAGAGAGAGAGAGAGAGAGAGAAUUGAAUUAUGUAACACCAUGGAAUCUGGUUGUAUGUAUGUAACUAGGAGUGUAAUUUGGUGGUCAACUUUAAGCAUAAAAUAGAGAACUUGUA